AAAGAGACAUCACCAAAGAAGCUGUGGGAAACGUUGGAGAGCAAGUUUGCGUCGAAGACACUUACUAACCGGUUGAUGAUGAGGAUGGACUUGUACUCACUGAAGAUGGAAGAGGGAGGUAGCGUAAUUGAUCACAUCAACAAGUUUAAUGAGCAAGUAUCAAGGCUGUUAAAUGCAGGGGAGACUAUCAAGGAUGAAGAGCAAGGGCUGCUUCUACUGGCUUCACUACCAAAAUCCUUUAAGCCGUUUGUGCAGUCAAUGAUAGCAGGAAGGACUACACUGCGACUAGAUGAGGUGACGACUGCCUUGAAGGAGAGUCAAAGGAUGAUGGGAGGUGAAGAGUCUUCCGGGGACAGUCAUUUACUAGCUGCUGUGAGUGUUGAGAAAGAGAGGAAGAAGAAGAGUGACCAACUUUGGAGAAGAUCUCAGCUGAGAGACAUGAGCACUGUUAGGUGCUAUUACUGUGAAAAGUUGGGUCACACGAAGAACGGUUGUCCAGAACUCAAGGAGGACUUGCAGAUCCUAAAGGAGAAGAAGGGCAAAUCGAAGGAAGCUUCUUUCGCAAAUGUGAUCACUUAUGAAGAUGAUCUCCUCUGUAGAUAAGAGUACUGCUGGACAGAAGAUUCUGCAGGAUGGGAGUAUCGCUGCAGAAAUCGCAAAUGAUGUAGGACUUUGAAUUAAGGGGAGAUUUGUUG